AUGGUAAAUGUAUUUAAAAACAAGAAAAAUAAUGAUAUACUUUUAGAUGGUUAUACUUGUGAAAUAAAACAAUUUCCUUCAAAAAUUUCACCGGAAAGUGCUGAAUUUGAAAUUCUUCAAUCAACUAAUGGAACUGCUUAUAUUGCUUUAACAUUAAUAAAAAUUGAUAAUAUUUCUACAAAUUGGAAAGAAUUUCAAGAUCAAAAUAGAACUAUUGAUAUAUUUGAUUUAUAA